AUGCCCCAACCCCGAAAUCCUUCACCCUCAUCUUAUUCAUCAGUCCCACUAAAUAAUAAUACUCAAUUACCAUCAUCAUCAUCAUCAUCAUCAUCAUCAUCAACUAAUGGCUCUAAUUCAACACCAUACAAAAGAUGGAGCGUCAAGAUGACCAACGAGUUCAGUCGUUUGUUGGUACAGUACAGAUCUCAAAGAAUUGAUUCAACAAACUCCUUGACGAAUUCUGGCCUCAGGGGAAUUCAGAAUGAGUUGAAACAUUUGUUCCCCAGUCAAUUUGAAAUGAACAAGUUUGAUAUCAAAAAAUUAAGAGAGAAAUUGAAACAAAUGAACAAUGAGAUCAUGGCUUUCAAGAACUUCUUGGUGUCAGAGAAAUUGGUGAUAUGGUCAAUCAGUGAAGGGAAAUUGUAUAUAGGCUCAGUACCCAAAGUUCACGAGCUUUGGAAAAAAGCUGCCAAUAGUGAAUAUCCUGCCUUAUCCUGGACUAACAUCAAAAGGUACAUGCAAGGGGGUUGCCAUUACAUUUAUCUCCAUAGCAUAGAAUUCUAUUAUGAACCUUCUGGUGGUGAUUUAGUGAGUUUGAAGGAUCUAUUUGGCAACAAGAAUUUACAAAAAGCUUUCCACCCACUUGAGACUCCAAAAAUCAUUCAACUCAUCCAAGAUUUAGAGGAAAAUGAUGUCAAUUCACCAGAAGGCAAAGAUAUUGGUGUUCAUAACGUAUCAUUUUAUGACGACAAAGAUUUGAAUAAUGAUUACAAAACCCCAUCCUUGAAUCUCCCGGUCCAUAUACCACAACCGCAAACAUUUGCUCAACAGAAUCCAUAUUUCUAUAAUAAUCAUCAGCAACUGAUGCCUCAAUAUCCAGGACCUCUUCCUGUUGUCAUCCUUCCGUCAGUCUACCCAAACGGUCCAUAUCAACAAACACCGAUUGUCGGUGAUGUUCCCAUUCAAAUCAACAACCCAAUGAUCUAUUCUCACAAUCUCAUUCCCCCACAAUUCCCUGUUACUAAUACCAAUAUCUACAGUCACCAAAACUCCACAACACAUACAAAUGAUUACCAUCAGUUAAUACAGGAUCCUUUUUACAAGAAUGGAGAUUCAUUAGGUCUUAUCGAGAACCAACCAGUACCAUUGAUUCCACAAAAUCAAGUACCGUAUGCUCUUCGAUCUCAUCAAAGCAGUGGCUCUUUGCAGCGACCCACGUCGUCAUUGGAUACAUUUUGGAACACAAAUGGAGGCAAUAUCAACAAUGGAAGCUGGAUAUGGAAUGAGAUGGGCAAAAUGGACCUUGCAGGUCAUCAAACUUUACCAACAAAUCAUUCCCAAAACAUAACCCCGGUAUUAAAAUCAGUGGCUGCAAUAAAACCAGCAGUAAUGAAAACAAAGAUUGGAACUGAGCAGGGCUAUUCUAGUACUACCUCUGAGAGUCGUAAUAAUGAAAAAACUAAUAGUAACAGUAUGGAUGAUAGUAAUAAUGAUAAAAAUUCAACUGAUGAUCGUAACAGUACAAAUAAAAAGGCCAGCUAUCAAGAUUUUAGUAUUGAGAACCACAAUGUUUGUGUGCCUUCUACGAUAUCAAAUAAUUCUAAAUUGUCAUCAACUCCUAGUCCCAAAAACAGGGGGCGUACUUACUAUAACAAAGAAACAAAUCUUGUUUCUAGGGAUAUUAUCACAACCCCCAACCCUCAAAAAUCUACUGCUAGUGUUCCCAGAUUAGAUGAUAUUUCAUCAAUGAAUAUUGUGGCCAAGGAUGGAUAUCCUGAGUUCUCAAAUGAGACCACAUCUAAUCAUUCUCAUAUUUCCUCUAAUAUGGCUCAUCCCGGGAAUUUAACGUUGUCAUCUCAUAUCAAUCCUCGACUUUUAGGUCCGUCCUCUUUUGAAGCAACCCAAUCAGUUCAAACAAACCAACUUUUUGCAGUCUUCCUUGAACACCAGCGCCAUUUGGAGGACUGCAAUUCUCUAUUCCGUCAUCUACAUAGCUUGGGGAUCAUAAAUGCCAGAGAUUUUUUACAUUUGGGUAAUAUUGUGGCAAAGAAUGAUGCAGUAUUGUAUUACUUGAUAAACAAUGAAGUGGAAUUUGAGGAGAAAGUUGCAUUCUUAAAGGAAUAUAUAGAGAAAGAUUGA